AUGAUACAACCAAGAAGCAUCCAAAGAACCUCUCACAUACUCCACCACGCCACCAAAUCAACUCACACACUCCAAAGAAGAUGUUAUAAAACACCUCACUUUCCAAAAGCAUCAUCAGUUACCACCCAAAUAUCACCAAAGCAAACUCGCGUAGCACUCAUACUUUCCCUUACCAUAGCAGGAGGCUGUCUCUACACCCUCUUACCAGGCCAACUAAACGCAGAAGAACUCCCAGCACCAGCCGAAAUCACCUUCGAAAAGCCGCGUCGAAAAGGUUCAACACGAGAAGACAACAGAGACCUCAUCAGCUCGCAACAUCUCCAAGUCAAGAGAUCCUGGGAAAACCCGGGAGUUUACGCAUGGGGUUCCAACGUAGGUCACGUCGUAGCACCCGAUUCGGAAGAGCCAUUCAUCAAAACACCUCGUCGGAUUCCAUUCUUUGACGGGAAACUACUUCGAGAUAUUAAACUCGAUAAAUCGUUUGGAGCAGCAAUCGCUGAAAAUGGCGAUUUGUUGCAAUGGGGUCAUGGAUUUUCUACUCAUUCAAGGGAUCCGAUGCCUACGCUUGUAGGCAAGGAUCUUGUUAAAAUUUCGAUUUCACGGGAUCGCAUUAUUGCUCUGGGAUCUAAUGGGACGGUAUAUACGGUUCCAGCUGUUCAAGCGGAUCAAGUCUCUGGUCCUAAACCUUUGGAGGAUAGCUGGAUUCCGUUUUGGAAGGGAAGGUCGGCUAUUAGUUACCGAACUCUAACACUUCCAAAUAUGUCCUGUGGAGAGACAGUAAAAGAUGUUCAAAGUGGCCUUGAACACUGUCUCGUCUUGACUUCGAAAGGACGGUUAUUCUCAGCAGCUUCUGGAACAGAAGAUUUCCCUGCAAAAGGGCAACUUGGAGUUCCAGGCUUGACUUGGUCUACACGCCCCAAGGGCCCAUACGACCAAACACAUGAAGUUAGCACGCUCAGAGGUUUUGAGAUUGACAAGAUUGCAACGGGAGACUUUCACUCUCUCGCUCUCGACAAACAAGGUCGUGUUUUUGCAUUCGGUGAUAACUCCCUAGGACAACUCGGCUUUGACGCCGACACAGAAUCAACAACUGUCGAUGCUCCCUCACUCCUCCCAAUUGACAGGUUAUAUAAAGGAACCAAUCAACGACCUAGAGUUACAAACAUUGCCGCCGGAGGAGUAAAUAGUUUCUUCACAAUAGAUGCCACCAGAAUAGCCGGCCAAGGAGAAGAUGACCCAAAAGGCCUAGGAAAAAUCACAGCCGAUACUUGGGCAUCAGGCCAGGGAAUCCUCGGUGGUCUUGGAAAUGGAAGAUGGACUCAUAUUCAGGGAACGCCCACCAAGAUCAAAGCUUUAUCCGGACUCUUCGAGUAUGAUGAGAUCAAAAAUCAAGUCAUCCCCAUAAGAUUGGCACGCUUAUCAGUUGGAGCAACACAUUCAGCUGCCGUAAUGAAUAACGUCGUUCAUGUUGGUGCAAACAAUCGGAGCUCAGAAAAUGACACAAAUUGGGGAGCAGAUGUAUUAUGGUGGGGAGGAAAUGAGUUCUACCAACUUGGAACUGGAAAGCGGAAUAAUGUGAGCAAUCCAGUUUACAUUGCUCCUCUCGAUGUUGAAGCAGAUAAAGAGAAGGGAAGGAGAGAGGAACAUAGAUUUCAGAUUACACCAAGGAACAAGAUCAAGUUCAACGGGAGAAAUGUCAGUGUGGAACAGAGGAUUGAAUGUGGAAGAGGCGUCACGGCUGCCUAUUCAGGAACAUGA